AUGACAUCUUCAUUACAUAUAAUAUAUAAAUCUGGAAAAUUUACAGUACCUGUUAUAGCAUCCAACUCAAUGUUAGAGGUCUUUAAAAAGGGAUGUCAACAUUUCAAACUUAAUGACUCUUCACAUCAGUUAAUGUAUGGUAAUACAAAUGUAAAUCUUUCAUUACCAUAUAGAUUAUCAGGUAUACCAAAUUUAAGUAGGGUUACAAUCAGUGAAAAAAGAGGAACAACUAUAUCGACAAUUAAAAUUGCAAUUCAAAUGGUAGAUGGUAAAAGAUACCAAGCAAGCUUUAAAACAAGUUCAACACUUUGGGAUAUUUUAGUAUAUUUUCAAACAAAUGAAAAGCUAUCCAUCAUCGAUCAAUUUAAUGAAAAUAAUCAAUAUAUUGAACCAAUUAUUAAUAUUUUAAAUAGAGAGAUUAGCACAAUUGAAUUGCUUCAAAAAUCAUCAUUAGCAUCAUUAAAUGUUACAGAGUCAUCAUUAGUUAAAUUAACUUUUAAACAAACUGAUAGAUCAAAAGAUGAAAUUUUACCAAUUAUUGAAUCCUAUCAACCCCCUAGCAUUCAAACCACUCCAACCUCAUCACCAACAACAGCAACAGCAACAACUACCACCACCACCACCACUCCAACUUCAUCACCAACAAAUACUAAUACCACCUCAUCACCAAUAAAUAAAACUAUUCUAUCACCAACUACAAGCGAAACCUCAGUCAAGUCAUCAAAUAGUACAACCCGAUCAACAACACCAUCAGAAUCAUCUUUAAACUCUAGUGAAAAUACAACACCAUCAAUGGAUAUUGAUAAGUCACCCAAAGUUAAUGAACAGCAACCAUUAAACAGUGCUACUCAAUCACCAACCACCUCCACUACCACAGCAUCAGUAGUUAAUGCCUCACCUAAAACAACCAGUUCUAGCGCACCAGAACCACCAAAAAUUAUAACAAUGGAUCCAAAAGAUAGAGAGUUAAAAGCAUAUUUACCAACACUUGUUCAUAUUAAUCCAAAAGCAAUUUCACAUAAUGAAAAAUUAACAGAUGAAGAUUUCAAAAGAUUAGUCGAAGCAAAUAAAAGAAUUAAAAAGGAAAAAGAUGAAUUUAACUCUGUACUCAGAACCAAGUCAAUGAGAGAAAGAGAAGAAUAUAAGAAAAUUAAAAACUUUCAAACUACAACUAUUCGUGUUGUGUUACCUGGUGUUAGUCAAAAAUCUUUAGAAAUGAAAUUUUUGGUUAGGGAAAAAAUUUCAAAUUUAGUUUCAUACCUAAAUACUUUACUUGUAGAACCCAAUGACUCUUUAUUUUUAUAUACUACACCACCUUACAAAGUUUUAAAUAAUAAUGUUUCAUUUUUAAAAGAAAGUUUAUUCCCAAGGGCAAAAAUUUUUUUAGGUGUCCCAAAUGGUACCAAUAUUACAUUUAAUGAAGAGGUUCAAAAACUUUUUGAUGAUUUAUCCUCAUCAAAUACAACAGCCAAUACAACCACAACAACCACAACAGCUACAACCGAAACUGAUGUCGAAAUGAAUAACGCUGACGAAAAUGACAACAAUAAUAAUAAUGACACAAUUAAUAGUUAUGAAAACGAAGAAAGAGAAAGAGAAAUUGAAUUAGAAAGGGAAAGAGAAAGAGAAAAAGCAAGAGAAAACCCAAAUCAAAUCAAAGCUCCAGCCUGCGACAACACUAUUUAUAUUUUCGGAAAUUAA